AUGAAGUCGCACCCAUGGGCAUCACGCUCAGCGUCGACACUUUUGAUCUCUUGCGACCUGGAAUCGUCCUUGCUGUACGUGUUUCAUUUUACUCUGCUGUCUAUCCUCCCCCCUUCCCCACAUGCUUCUGUCUCAUUUGUACGCAUGCGUCACACGAUCACACUAAGGCAGCCGAUACCGCCGUUCACUGUUCCUCAUGACCAAUCACCCCCGCAUCACACUAAUCUGAUACUAACUUGUUUUACUGUACAGGUCGGAUGUGCUGUCGUAGGCAUUGUCUCAUUAGCAGCUCUCAGCCUCUUGCUCUUCGACAUGUUCAAAGGCCGAGGCAGCUCCAAUCUCACCGCUACAUCCUCCAAACUCCCCAUCUCGACACGCACGCUCGGUUUACAAUGGAUGGCACUCGGCUUUAUGACCGUCUGGAUCCUCGCGUGUAAUAUCGCAGUGACGUAUAUCGCCGUGAACAAUGAGGCCAAGACGACUGCGUAUUUGGGAGGUAGACAGUUAUCUCAGGCUCUUGUGGAAGCGAGGGAGAGACAGUUGGGUGUCAACCCGGCUUAUUGGUCCAACGACUAUG